AUGGCUCCCAUUGGGCUGAAGUCAUGUCCAUGUCGGAGCGCAUUAGACACCGUGCAAUGCAGGUAUGAGACGAGGUUCAAAGUCCGGAACUACAGGACGGGCCGGUUUUCAACAUUGUCUUUGCUGACGCCGCAUGUCAAGCAAUUGUUAGAUCUGUUUGAGAAAUAUAAAGAUAUAGAUGGGUAUCCUCCCUUGUGGGGAGACGAGAUCGAGUACCAACUCGUGGCAUUUAACGACUCAAGUCAGCGGGCAAAUCUGCUUCUCAAACAGGAGGAAGUGCUCAACAAGGUGGAGAGGUUGAACACGGAUGUUAAGGAUGCCACUCAAGCUGCAACGACUCCAAGUAAGAAUCACAUGACCGUGCCGGAAUUCCAACCAGAAUUUGGCAGUUUCAUGGUUGAGGCUACGCCGGGAGAGCCUUACGACAGCAGCAGUAUCAAGAGCUUGUUGAGUGUAGAAGCAGACAUGCGAAAGCGGAGGCGAAUGAUACAGACAUGUCUUAGUCCAGACGAGGCGGUCGUCACCAUGCCCGGUUUUCCACGCCUCGGUGCCCCAGGUCUGUACACUGAACCUGCACUACCGACUCACGGACUCUUGCUCCGAUCGCAGUUCCUUCCAGAUGGGUUGAUCAGCACGCAUGAACGAUAUGGUACAAUUCAUGAUAACAUGAACGAACGCCGUGCAGGGCGUCCGGCAAAGGUCAAGAUUCCAAUAUACAGAGACAAGAACACGCCGUGGCCUUGGAAGGAGUCGCUUCAGUUUCCACACCGGAAUGAUGCUCAGGAGGACGAUGCAAAACAGCAUCAUGACAAUGGUGCAGAGAACUUUAUAUAUGGCGAUAGCAUGGCGUUUGGACCGAGCUUCUGCGGGCUGCAGGUCACGGUUCAAGCGAAAAACCUUCGAGAGGCACGCUACCUGCAUGAUCAGUUAUGUCCGCUUGGUCCCAUCAUGAUGGCCUUAUCGGCGGCAUCACCAUUUUUCCGGGGAUUUCUCACUGAUACCGACGUUCGAUGGAAUCAGGCGGCUUCAGCGGUGGACGAUAGGACUACAAAUGAGCUUCGUUCAAAUACUAUCAAACCAUUUGGCUCGCAUGCACGGUGGUCAUCCACAGCAAUGUACAUAUCCGACGACCCACGACUUCGAACGGUCUACAAUCCCUCAGAAGUUAAAGCUGAUUCGGCAAUCAAGCGACAUCUCGAGCAGCGAGGCAGCAUGGAUGCCCUCCUCGCUUCGCAUUAUGCCAACAUUCUUACCCGCGAUCCUAUCGCCCUGACAAAGAAUGAACUCAGAACAUACGAGAGUCUCGACCUCUUUGAGAUCCUCCAUUCUGCAGUCUGGCCACACGUCGAUUUUAAACUGCCUACCAAAAACGGUGCAGCAGGCUGGCGGGUCGAGUUUCGUCCCCUGGAAGUCCAAUUGACCGAUUUCGAAAACGCGGCUUUUGCGCUGUUCGUUGUCUCGCUCGCUCGCGCUAUUUUGCAUUAUGACCUCAACCUCUACGUUCCAAUCGAAAAAGUCGCAGAGAACAUGGAGAGAGCACACACGCGCAACGCAGUCCGCGAGCAGAGGUUCUUUUUCCGUGUGAAGGUGGAGCGGACGGCAUCAGACGAAGACCCAGAGGAAGAAUAUACCCUGAUGACUAUCGCUGAGAUCAUGAACGGAUCUCCCAACUUACAAGACUCAAAUGGCCAAUCGUUUCCCGGUCUCCUCCCACUCGUGCAGUCCUACAUUCUCGAGGUCUUUGGGAGCGUCCCCGAGGACGCGAGGCAGCGGAUAGACAAGUACCUAGACAUCAUCCGGAAAAGGGCAACGGGAGAAGUGCUCACACCAGCGAGCUGGAUGCGGCAAUUUGUACAAAGGCACCGAGACUAUCGCAAGGAUAGCUUCGUUUCUGAGCGUGUCUGCUAUGAUUUGAUGAAAGUCGUCAAGGCGCUGGGAGAAGGUCGUAUUGAUCCUGUAGAGUUGUUCUCUGUGGGCCCGAGGGCCGAGGACAAAUAG